AUGUCAUUUGGUCGACCACCCACAUUCUCCGACUUCAAAGUGUCUCCUCCCGAAAGGGGUUCUUUUCCUCUUGAUCAUCAAGGGGAAUGCAAGCAAGUCAUGCAAGAAUACAUGAACUGUAUCAAAUACAACGGCAACGACAACGGUAAAUGUCGACACCUCUCCCGCGCCUAUCUCCAAUGUCGUAUGGAUAAAGGACUCAUGGACAACGACGACAUGGACAACUUGGGCUUCAAAGAUGUAGUAGAACCACCAAACACAUCAACAAAUGCAGCGGCGAAUAGAGCUGCGAGCCAGGGUAGAGGUGCAACUAGCGGGAAUAAGCCGAGUUAUGCUGGUGAUACUCAUGGUGGUGAAGGUAAUUUACCCAGUUCAAAGGCGGGGUCAGGCAGUGCAGUGGAUGAGGUAAAUAGAGGUCCGGGUGCGGGGGAAAGACACUCGAAAGGUCAUGCGAGCAAACAAACUGGUAGUUAUGCUGGUGAUAGUCAUGGGGGGAGCGGUGGUGGGAGACUGGUUUAG